CUUAAACUGUCUUACGAGCUAUAUAGAAAAGAAAUAAGAGCAAUGAAUAUUUCAUUCGCGAGACUUGGGAAUGAGGAAUGUUUUGAAUGUGAAAAGUUUAACUUACACUCAACAACUACUCUUCAUCAAAAAAACAAUUUACCCGAAGAUUGCGACUCAUGCAUGUUAUGGAAAAGGAGGUUAUUUUCAUUCCAAGACUGAUUUCCUUUAAUGAGUCCUUUGUACCAGUUGGUCAAUAUACAAAGUCCACGAAACCUCUGGCGGUGGUGUGGCACGAAGCAAUCCGAGGAAGGAAAAAAGAAGAUUUGAUUUCAAUAUUUUAUGCGUUUCUAUUGAGAAAUAGAGACGUGUCUAACAUAACGAUUUGGCUGGACAAUUCUGCAGCCCAAAACAAGAAUUGGGCUUUAUUCUGUUUUUGUAUCUACGCUGUCAAUAACUGUUCAGAAUUGGCCUUGAAAACUUUGGAAAUAAAAUACUUUCAGUCAGGACAUACAUUUAUGUUGGCAGACGCGUUCCACCAUCAGGUGGAAAAAUCACUUAAGAGAAUGGGGAAGGUAUUAGACUUUGAUGAUUUCAAACGUGCAGUUAACGAUGCAAACUCUUCUAAAGUUGACAUGAGUAUCAAAGACUUUUUUGACUGGAAAGAUUUUAGUUCCAAAUACAAAAUUCAAAGGAAUAAUCCUAAACCAUAUUUGCAAGAUAUGUCACAUUUGGUAUUUAGGGAAGGAGAAUACGUAAUGUGCCAAACAAUUCAAGGAAGGAAUGCCGAAGCCUACUUCCAAACAUGAAUGCCGAGGAAUAUCCGAGACGAGGAAAAGUGACCUAAUCUCAAAACUACGGCCAAUUAUUCCUGAAAACCGUCUUAAAUUU